AUGAAGUUGGUCGUCCUUUAUACCCUGCUGUGUUCCUUACUCCCAUUGGCCCUCCUUCACGCCCUGACGCCUUUCGAGUGGCUUCACCAUGUGACACUGGACUCGGAGAAUCACUACACGGUGCGGUGGCUCUUCAGUCUUCCCCAGCAGAGUAUCACUUUUGAUGUGUGCGUCCGCACCAGAGGAUGGAUUGGUUUUGGCUUUUCACCCAAUGGCGGCAUGACGGGCAGUGAUCUGGUCAUCGCCUGGGUUGACGACCAUGGCCGUGCCCACUUGCAGGACCGCUACGCUGAAGAUGAAGAGAUGCCCACCACUGAUUCGAAGCAAGACUGGCUGCUGCUCUCUGGCCAGGAAAACGAGACACACACUUGUGUCAUCUUUACCAGACCAUUUCUGACAUGUGAUUACGAAACUGACCUGCCAAUUACAAACGACGUGACGAAGCUCAUUUGGGCAUACGACUUUGAGGACCCAGUGGGCUCGAGUGCCAUUAUUUCCAAGCACAACAUUCACCGGCGUGGCCACAAGAGCGUCCACUUGUUGAGUCACAAGUUCGAGGACAGCACUUUGAAGGGUGAGGUGGUGCAAACUUGGGACAUCACUAGUAGCGAUCUCGUUUUGCCAAAUAAUACCGACACCACUUACUGGUGCAAAAUUGUCAUUGCACCCUUCGUCAAGAAGGCACAUGUCAUUCGAAUUGAGCCAGUCAUAUCACCGCCACAAAACGCACCAUUCGUUCACCAUAUGGUCUUGUAUCGGUGCCUCCACCCGGAACCUGAUCAGAUGAAGCAGUACAAGGACCACCCGGGCACCAACUGCUUCGACUUUGCCAACAUGCCCUUUGACUUUAUUCACUGUCAGUCGAUUUACAUGGUCUGGGCUACGGGUGGCGAUGCGCUGAACUUGCCUGACAAUGUGGGCAUUCCAAUCGCCGAAGAUCAUGAGACCUCGUACUUUCUAUUUGAAAUUCACUACGACAAUCCCGAGCUGCUCAGCAUCCGAGACUCGUCGGGCUUUCGCCUCUUCUACACCAGUAAUUUGCGUCAGUACGAUGCCGACACUGCGACCAUGGGCUCAGUCGUCGACUACCGGCUGAUCAUUCCUAAUGGAUUUGAAAACUUUACCGUCUCUGGCCACUGCUCACCGGAAUGUUUUGCCGAGAAGAUGCAUAAAUCAGGAAUGAACGUUCUGGCAGCACUGCCUCACGGACACAAGCACUUGGAGAAGAUAUUAGUCCGCCACUUUCGCGGCCAAACCGAACUGCCCUAUCUAGCGGAGGAGAACAACUACGACUUUAACUUUCAGGACUUUCAGCGGUUUGAUGAGAAGCGCGUCAUUCUGCCGGGCGACCAGAUCACCGUGGAAUGCACUUACAACACCGAGUCCCUGGAGCGACCCAUGUUCGGCGGUCUCUCCACCAAGGAGGAGAUGUGCAUGGUCUUUCUGGUGUACUACCCGCGCAUGAAGGGCGUCCGCACCUGUCUGAGCGGUCUCACUCCACAAACGGUCAUGAAGCUGUCCAGUGUGGCACAGGUGGAGAGCAUCGACGAGAACGACAUGAAUCCGAUGGUGGUGCUACCGCGAGAGCACGCCAACGAGCGGCUGUCCUCCUACGUACUGGAAAGCGACUGGACCUUCGCCAAUCUGACUGAGCACGAGCUCACCUACCUCAUUCGCUACGCACCGCAGAAGUCGCAGUGCUUCUGGCGCCAGAUCGAGGGCAUCGAAGGAAUGGAGGAGAUUACCGAGUUGAUCACCUACCCGCACAUCGACCGACCUUACACUAAGCCUAAGCGGAACGGUAGUAAUGGCGGCUACUUGCAGGCACUGGAAACUGAGAGUGCCUGCCAAAGCCGUCAGUGGCUGCCCUGA